AUGUCACUCAUCACUAUCAACGGCCAUUCCCUUGACAUUGAGGCACCGGUCGUACAGGCUUUGAGCAUCAACAAGCCUGAUGCUAGAGACUCAAAUUACAUCCUGAUCCAGACCAAUGGCGACCCGUCGAGGAAAGCCGAGAAGACCGAGCUCGACGGCAUGCGCGUGGGGAUUGAGGAGUACGUCAGCGACAACACCUACCUCUGUACUUACAACCCCGAAGAUUCCGACAAGCUCCGCAAAUUGCCGUACGUCAAGUAUGCCAACGUCUACCUGCAAGAGUUUGUCGUUCAGCCAAGUUUGAAGACCGGGAGUAAUGCCUCGAGCACCAGCGGCCUCGCUGCCACAAGGAAGACCCUCGUGCUCAAGCACGUCGACAUCGUCCUUCACAUCAAGUACAUCCAAGAAGUGCACCCAGUGAAGUUGCAUAAUAACGUCGCGCGUGGCAUCCUGGAAGCCGGUGUUACGAUCAACGACACGCCGUACAAGGGCAAAGGGGAGAUUGUCCGUGUUGCGGAUACGGGGUUUGUCAAUGGUAACGAUUCGAGCGGCGGGGGACACCGUACGGCGUUUGGGAGUCGACACCAGAUGUAUUUAGGCACCCACGUCUGCGACUCCGUCCUCGGCGACGGUGAUCACUCUACGGAAGGCAGGAUCGAAGCGCUAGCCAGCGAGGCGGAGCUCAUGACGCAGUCGCUGUUAAACCGCAACAACGGGCUCGGCGGCAUUCCUGAUGACUUGAACGUGCUCUUUAAGCAGGCCUGGGAUGAAGACGCGAGGAUCCACACGAACAGCUGGGAGAGCAGUCUUACAUUGCCGGGCCUUCAAGUAUCUUACGGCAGCAGCUCAACCGCUAUUGAUAAAUUUGUCUGCGAGCAUCCUGAGAUGGUAAUCCUCUUUGCAGCCGGAAACGACGGCACCGACCGCAACAAGAACGGCCAAAUCGACCCUGCGGACGUUGGGUCUGAAGCUGCGGCCAAGAAUCUUCUUACCGUCGGCGCAACGGAGAGGCUGCGGCCAGACAUCAAACACGAAGCUCGAUUAGGAGUUACGAGCUCUACGUGGGGGGCUUAUUGGCCAGGCCGUUACUACACAGCUCCUAUCUUCGCCGAUCACAUGGCUAGUAACUCGCAUGGCAUGGCUGCGUUCUCCAGCCGGGGACCUACCAAGGAGAGAAGGUACAAGCCAGAUGUUGUUGCGCCGGGGACGUCGAUUUUGUCGGCGCUGUCGGGUAAGGUUUUGGAGGUGCUCCAGGUGUUCGGCAUCUCGGGGGAUGAAAAGUGGUGGUACUGCAGCGGGACUUCGACGGCCACUCCUCUCGUUGCGGGAUGCUGCGCCGUCCUCCGUCAAACUUUGAGGACGCACAACAACAUCGAGAAGCCUACCGCCAUUCUCAUUAAAGCGGUCCUCAUCAACGGAGCCGUCGACGUCGACGGCCAGUAUCAUCCAUCCGAGGUCGGGCCGGCGCCGCCGAACAACUUCUUCGGGUUUGGGCGGGUGAAUGCCAAAGGUUCUCUCAUUGACAAGCAGGACGCUCAGAACAAACGCUCAGGCUGCGGGCAGAGCGAAGAGCCGCUGAAUGAUGACGACGAGUCCUCCUUCACUAUUCCCUUUCCGAAGAAAGUCGAGGACGACGACAAGCCGGCUUUUGCGGAAGGCGAACCUAAACAAGCGGCAUUAGGCGCAGCCCCUACCGUUUCCUCCACUCCCGGGAGCCCCCGCACGCUGAAGAUCACGCUCGUAUGGUCUGACCCGCCAGCUGAGAAGCUGCAGAAUGACCUCGAUCUUAUUGUUGAAGCUGGUGGCAAGGAGCGACAUGGGAACAUGGGCAAGAAGCCCGGCUUCGACCGACAGAAUAACGUGGAGCAGGUACUUUGGGCGGGAUACCGGGAAACGAGGUCAAAGGUUACUGUGAGGGCGUAUAGAAUUACUAAGGGGCCACAGCACUUUGCCUGUGCUUGA